AUGCCGCCGAAAAAAGGCAGAGAUCAACUUUUCAAUAAAGAGAGGCCGAACCCACCUCCUGAGGUGGAGGAGGAACUCCUGGAGAAGUUUUCCAAUUUCUGUGAUGAGAACGAUUCUCAAGACCUUCUUGCCUCCCAGCUCAUGAUGUUCUUCAAACAGGAGUUGAAGAUUCCGGACAGAUUGUUGGUAAAUGUGGUUGUCAGUGAUUACGUGAUAGAGGGUACCGAGGUUGUUGGUUUUGAAGAAUAUUUGAGCAAAUCUGGAUUACUAGUGGUGAUGAGAGAUAAUGUGAGGAAGAUUGAUGAGGCGUGGAAAUUAUUCAUACGACACUGCAAAAAAAAGGAUAAAAAGCCGGGAGAUGUCUCAAAAGAUGGAGUUUAUUCAGAAAGAAUAUAUCUUGAUGAUUUGAUAUCUUUGCAACAAAUUCUCAACGACAACACACCCAGAGGGCUACUAAUAGACAUGAUUGAGGUGGCUACCCAGGGUGCACGGCCAUAUGUCAAUUAUGCUGAUUUCGCAAUGGUAAUGGGAAAAAUGGGGGAGCUGAAUUUUUGA